CCUGAGGCGAAGGGGCUCGGGGCGGCGAGGGCCGCGGGAGCCGCGGGGUUGGGCCGUUGCCGUGGCCUGAUGCUCUGCCUGCGUGGGGGCACUGCCUGGGCCUGCGGGCCGCGGGCCCUUGGGCAGAAGCACCGUUUCCCGUCCCUUUCUCCUCUCCUGAGGCCUGGCAGCGGCGCAGGACAGGCCAAGGGACCGCCGCCGGCUGCUGUCUGCUCGGACUAGGCUUCCCCAGAGACUUGUUAGGGCCUCGGGGGAGCUGGGCCUGCCGGGCUCCCUGCACGGCACAGCUGUAAGGGCUCGCUGCUGGCACGGUGAUUUCCACGCAGGUUGGAAAUAUUACGUGUGGCAGUGCUGGGUUCGGUGCCCACCCCAAGCAGCUCCGUGCAUGUCCUGGCUUAGCCUAUGCGCCAGGUACGCUGAGAAACUGUAGUAAAAGAGGAGCUUGAGUCUUGGAACUUCUGAUCCCUCAGGGGGACAAAGAGCAGAAGGUGACAAAAGUGCUUGUGUGCAUGAGGAAAGUAUUUCUCUUGGCUCUGUCUGGGACGUGGAGAGCCAGAACUCUGUGGAAGGAUGAGGCUGUGAGACACACAACCUCUACAGCUACCCCAGUAAAGGCCUUUGGGCACUGAGGGGGAGGUGCUGCAGGCAAGAACCAGGGGACCUCCUCCUGCCAAGUCCUAAAUGUGCCCCAAACAUGAGGGGCAAACUGCAUCUUGUUGUGCACCUUCUGCUGUCAUUCCCUGAGCACUUACACUAGCCUGGUCUGGUGCUGCCAUGGGAAGGGGCGGCCCUUCUUGCCAGCCUUUUGCUCCCAUUCCUGACUUCUCCCUUUUCUCUGGCCAGCAAAAAAAGUGUUUGUUCAGCCCCAGCAUGAACUGGGUCGGGGAACUGUUCUAGGGUUAGACAAAUGUGGCGGGAAGCAGUUUUCCUCUGGCUGGCAUCUUGAUCUGGUGCGCGCCGCAGCCACGUGGGUGCUCGCACCGGCACAAAGGCUGGGAGAGCAGAGGGCAAGGAGGCACCUCCUCUCUCGGCAGCAUGGCCAGGCUUUCCCAGCUCAGGGAAGGAUUGAGCAAGAUUUUGUACGAGUGCCCAGCCCAUCGGGUGCUUCUCAGAGGUACACCUGGCAUCCAGCCAGAGCGGCCUGUCACCAUCUCUCCCCUGCAGCAGCUCCUACAGUGCCGACAUGAGCAGUGCCAAAACCUCUGUGCCCCUGCACACCUAGGGGCUGGAUGGCCUACCUGGCUGCAUGUCUCCUGAUGGCAGAGAGGCAGGAAGUUUCAGGGAUUAGAAUAGGUGAAUGGGAAUUGCCUGUGCUUUGCCUGUACUCCUCCAAAACUCCACAGUGCCCGCAGAGGCCUCAGGCCACCAUCGGUCUGGGAACGGGAAUCAGGCAGAGCUCCAGCCCUGCUUGGUUCCUGCCUGCUCUUAGGAAUAACUGUCGGCAAAGCACCUGAGGGAGCCAGGCUCUCGGUGAGGCGUGAGAGCAGCAGGCUUCUCCCAGAGGAGUGACAGCAGACACGUGACCCUGGCUGUCCUCCUCACCCCUUCUUGGGCAGAGGAUGAUCUUUUCUCAGCCCUCCAGGACCCUUCUCAGAGCUUGAUGUCACCCUGCCGAGCAGUUACACUGUGCCACCCCUUCAGAGGUGCAGGAAAGAGGCGAUGGAGCCUCACCUGGCCUUGCACAAAGCAGUUGUUACUUCUUUUCUUCUGCUCCUCUGGAAGUUCUCACCCUAGAGGCAAAAGAAAUUCAGCAAAAAAUGCUUUCCCGUGUUUGCCAAGCCCAGGUUAGCUUUCUCAGCACCAGGAAGCAUCUGUAGCUGGCAUGUUUCAGUGUUGGUGGUGUCGGGAGAUGAGCAACAGCAUGCUGCUGGCAGCAGUGGCCUGCCGGCGUCGGAGGCCCAGCCUUGUGAACCAGAGCCACAUCUGCUGCUGUGAGGGGCCCUUCCCAUCCCCUCUGCAGCCAGAGGCGCUGCUGUGUCCCCGGGAGACCCAGUCUGUGUGGCAGCUGGUGGGUGGCACUGCUGUCCUCCCACACUCUUUCAAGCUUUCUGGGGCUGAUGCUGGGCCCUGCUCAGCAUCCCUGUCUCAAGGUUGUUUUGGGCCCUUCCACCAUGGGUAGUGGGUGUUGCCUGUGCCAGGCGACCGGGCUGGACUCCGUGCUUGAGCUUUUCGCUUGGCUUCGGUGGCUCUUGGUUACAAGGGCGGGUUGGCCUGAAGAUAAAGGGGUUGGGCUCGGUGCCUGUUAUAGGGCUAGCUUUGCCAGAGCUGAGGGCAGGGCAGGAUUGCUUUGCUCUCUGGACUUCCUUGCAGUUUGUGGCUACGACUCCCAUGUUUGUGGCUACCUAUUGCCCUGAGUGUUUCUAGAACACAAAAACACCCUGCAGAGCUGCCAGUACACUCAGUUCAACCGAGCACUUCCCUUGGAGGUGCCUCCUCUCCCCAGCUGUGCCCAAGCAGAGUUGUGGGGUCUGUGCCUGGGUGAGGGCAGGAAAAGCUAUUCCCGAGGGCACGGGGAAUUCCUGAGGGAGAGGCGGGCUCAGUGGAGCUGGGCUAGACCGAGAAGCUGUUAGGCUCAGCUCUGUGUCCUCAGACGGGAGCAGGGCCGUGGGAUGGGUUGUGAAUCAGUGCACUGGGAGCUGCUGCUGGCACCUGGGGGUGGGCAGGAUCCGUGUGGCUGGGCCUGCUCUCCCGCAGCAAACCCCAGCAGACCUGUGAGCGCUAAUGGGGUCAGGGUGAGGGGAAAAAGCCUUCCCAGCUCUCCGCUUUCGCUACCUCCACGGAGGCGCCUCAAAUGGGACCAUCUUCAGUGAGUUAUUUUAGCUCUCCUCUAUGGAAGCCGUAAACACCCGAGAGUGAAACUGGAGAGCGAAACUGAGAGCAGCCCCUGGGCUAGCAGCUCCCAAACCCUUUAAGGGAGCUGGCUCUGCCUGGGAGGGCAAGUCGAAGGGGGCAGGGGCGAGUGCCCUGCCUGCCCUGCCUUUUCCCUGGGGCCAGCAAAGCAGAGGUGUCCUGUUUCCAGGCCAGGCCCUGCUGAUGCUGUCUGUAAACCAGAGGGGAGAUGAAUAUGCAAGGUGCAGUCGUGCUGGUUAAGCUCCCAGCUGGUGGGCGGAGGAGGAGGAACUCUUCUCUUGCCAGGGAGCUCUGCUGUCAUCUGUCACGGGAGGCUGUCCCAGGCCUGCUCCUGCUUCUCCCUUUCCUUCCUUCUUAGGGUGUUACUCGCUCCUGUUCCUGCCCUCUUACACGGGGCACUGUUUGACUGAAAUAGCUGCCUCCCUGAGCUAUGGGGCAGGCUGCCCCGUUGACCCUGGAGGCUCGAUUUUGCCGAUUGGGGCCUCCCCAUAUCCUCACCCUCGGCUCUGCCUCUGGGUGUUAGAGCCGGCGGCUCCUCUGGGCCAGUGUUGCUGUAGUGGGAGCCAUGAGCAUGACAAUUGCUUUCCAGGUUUUUAAUGAGUGCCACAUACAGAAGACCCCUGGUUGUAUCUUGGGAGCUCUGACAAGCCCAUGCUUUUGGCAGUAAGCAUUGUAACAGCUGUGAUGAGGUAGGUUUCCUCACCAAGCACCGUGUGGGGCUUCCCGUAAACACGGCAGUGAAGGUCAUGUCAGGGCACUGGCCCUGUGAGGGCCUGGCGCUGGGGCAGAGAGUGGAUCCUGAUGCUGUUGGGCCUUCUCCACCCAAUCCUCCUGCCAUGCUUGCUCUCUCCUCUCUUUAGGCCACUAGUUCCUUGCCAGAGAGUUUGACCACAGAGAGUCGCCAAGAUAGCUGGGCCAGGAAGAAAACGUCGCACCCCUGACCCAGACUCCAUUACCGACCCCGGCGGGCCGUUUGUGUCCUCCAAACGGCUGAAAAUGUCCAGCAGCACCAAUGCCCCUGGCCAGAGGAGAGUGUCUCGGGGCUUGGAUGAUGCCACCAACAAGAAGAAGCAGAAGGAUCGAGCCAACCAGGAGAGCAAGGAAGUGUCUCGCCCUGAGCUCAAGCAGGCUGAGACUGCCCAGGAGAAGGACUCAGAGGAGGAGCUGCUGCUGGACUGGAAGCAGAACGCUGAUGAGAUCAUUGUCAAGCUGAACUUGGGCAGUGGAGCUCUGAAGGUGGAGGAUGUGCACGCGUCUUUCACCGACAAGGACUGUUUGCUCAAACUACCAGAUGGGCGCCAGUGGAGCUGUCAGUUCUACGAGGAGAUUGAGGGCUCCUGCAGCAAGAUCCAGUGCAAGAAGGGCAACUUUCUACACCUUGUGCUUCAGAAGAAGAUACCACUGCACAACUGGACUUCGCUUCUGAAAAAAAGGAAAGACGGAUCCAAAGAGCUGGCCAAAGGGGCCGCGUGCUGGGAGAAUGGGAAGGAGAAAGCUGCUUCUACAGAGCUGGCCCCUGAAGAGCUGAGGGCUGAAGGCACAGAGCCACCCAGGUCCCGGCGGGAGCCCUCCAACCCCAAGCGCGCUCCGGCAAGAAGCGAGGCCCUGGGAGGGAAAAGCCCAGGCAGCCCAGGGACACAGAGCGGCCCCAGCGCCAAGCGGGCAGUAUACCUCAAAGUGGCUCCCACUGAAGAAGAGCCAAAUGCCAGAGUCACUGGGAGCGUGGAGCCCAGCAAAGGGCACAGCGGGAGGACAGGCAGCCGCCGCAAUGGCAGAACCAGCCAGGUGGAUGGACCUACAGCCCUCACGGACCUCGCACCGCCACUGGAGAAGGCUGUGGUUUUGACCAAGGAGACUGUUCCCGUGGAGAUGCCACCUCUUGCAGCUACCACAGAGGUGUUCCCCCACCGGGUUGCCACCUGUGUGGAGAAGAGGGUCCUGCAGCCAGGCAGCCCUGCUGAGGCCUUGCGGGGCCGGGACUGCACGCCUGUCCUGGGAGAGAGCUCUAAGGCUGUCCCAGUGGCCACCCCUCCCCUGGGCAGAGACGGUGAGAAGAGGGACUGGUCCAAGGAUGAUGUGGCUCUGGAAGCAGCGGCUGAUGAGCCAGAGCCUUUUGUGAGCCUGAGCUUUGUCAAGAAUGACUCGUAUGAAAAGGGCAAUGACCUGGUGGUGGUGCAUGUCUACGUGAAGGAGAUCCACAAGGAAACGUCCAAGGUGUUGUUCCGGGAGCAAGACUUCACGCUGGUGUUCCAGACGAGUGACACAAACUUCCUUCGCCUCCAUCCUGGCUGUGGGCCCCACACAGUGUUCCGGUGGCAGGUGAAGCUCAGGAACCUUAUUGAGCCGGACCAGUGCACAUACAACUUCACGGUGUCUCGCAUUGACGUUUCCUUGAAGAAACGCCAGAGCCAGCGCUGGGGGGGUCUGGAGGCUCCAGCCACACGAGUGGGUGGUGCAAAGGUUGCCAUGCCUACAGGCCCUACCCCUCUGGACAAGAACCCCCCUGGCAGUAACCAGCACCCCCUGUCCAGCAAGGAGGAGGCCCGAGCCAGCGACAAAGAGAAGCCACGAGUGGAAGAUGGGGGUCUGGAUGGUGUGGCAGCUCGUACGGCCCCAGAGCAUGUGGCAGUAAAGCAAGAGCCACACAUCCCGUCGCCCAAACCGACAUGCAUGGUGCCACCAAUGACACACAGCCCUGUGAGCACCGAGAGCGUGGAGGAUGAUGAGGAUGAGGACGAGAAGAAGAAGGUGUGCUUGCCUGGCUUCACGGGGCUGGUGAACCUUGGCAACACCUGCUUCAUGAAUAGCGUCAUCCAGUCCCUGUCCAACACCCGGGAGCUGCGCGACUACUUCCAUGAUCGGUCCUUUGAGUCAGAAAUCAACUACAACAACCCACUGGGGACAGGGGGACGCCUGGCCAUCGGCUUUGCCAUGCUGCUGCGAGCGCUGUGGAAGGGCACGCACCAUGCCUUCCAGCCCUCCAAACUAAAGGCAAUCGUGGCCAGCAAGGCUAGCCAGUUCACUGGCUAUGCCCAGCAUGAUGCUCAGGAGUUCAUGGCCUUUUUGCUUGAUGGCCUGCACGAGGACCUCAACCGCAUCCAGAACAAGCCCUAUACAGAAACUGUUGACUCAGAUGGAAGGCCUGAUGAGGUGGUAGCUGAGGAGGCCUGGCAGCGACACAAGAUGAGAAACGACUCUUUCAUUGUGGACCUUUUCCAGGGCCAGUACAAAUCCAAGCUGGUGUGCCCAGUGUGUUCAAAGGUGUCCAUCACCUUCGACCCCUUCCUGUACCUCCCCGUGCCUCUCCCACAAAAGCAGAAGGUGCUGACUGUCUACUACUUUGCAAAGGAGCCGCACAAGAAACCGAUCAAGUUCCUCGUGAGUAUCAGCAAGGAGAACUCCAGUGCCAUGGAGGUACUCGACUCGGUGGCCCACAGCGUGCGUGUGAAACCAGAGAACCUACGCCUGGCAGAGGUGGUCAAGAAUCGCUUCCACCGCAUGUUCCUGCCGUCCAACUCGCUGGACGCAGUCUCCCCCACGGACCUGCUGCUCUGCUUCGAGGUGCUGUCCCCAGAGCUGGCCAAGGAGCGGGUGGUGGAGCUGCAGGUCCAGCAGCGUCCGCAGGUGCCCAGCGGCCCCAUCGCCAAGUGUGCUGCCUGCCAGAAGAAGCAGCUGCCUGAGGAUGAGAAGCUCAAGCGCUGCACGAGGUGCUAUCGAGUCGGUUACUGCAACGUGGUAUGUCAGAAAACACACUGGCCAGACCACAAGGCUUUGUGCCGCCCAGAGAACAUCGGUUUCCCCUUCAUCAUCAGCGUGCCCGAGUCCCGCCUCACUUACGCCCGCCUGGCCCAGCUGCUGGAGGGCUAUGCAAGGUACUCGGUCAGCGUGUUCCAGCCUCCGUUCCAGCUGGGCCGGAUGUCACCGGAGCAGGGGCUGCAGCCUCUGCUCCCGGACAAGCUGGAGCCUCUGGCCAAGAGCAGCUGUGCAGCAGCCACCUCUGUCCCUGAGCUGGGGGACGAGGACAGGGCUUCCAGCCUCCUGCAGGAACCUCCGCUCUCGCCGGCUGUUCCUGAGCUGCACCCAGAGCUGGGGGACACCGGCACUGUCCGGAGCAAGGUCCUGGCAGCCAGGAGUUCCCUGCUGAGCUUGGAUUCAGGCUUCUCUGAGCACAUGGAGUCGCAGAGCGACAGCUGUUGCGAGAAGGAGCCGUCCUAUGAGAGAGCCCUCAAGCCAGAAGCUGCCAUCCCUGGGUACCAACACACUCCAGACUCGCUGAGUGCCCGCGCCACGCAGUUCUACAUCAACAAGAUUGAUGCCGCCAACCGAGAGCACAAGCUGGAAGAUAAAGGUGACACCCCCCUGGACCUGACAGAUGACUGCUCCCUUGCCCUGGUGUGGAAGAACAAUGAGCGCCUCAAGGAGUUUGUGUUGGUGGAAUCCAAGGAGCUGGAGUGUGUGGAGGACCCGGGCUCGGCCAGCGAAGCAGCCCGGGCUGGCCACUUCACCCUGGAGCAGUGCCUCAAUCUCUUCACCAAGCCCGAAGUCCUGGCCCCAGAGGAAGCAUGGUACUGCCCCAAGUGCAAGCAGCACCGUGAGGCCUCCAAGCAGCUGAUGCUGUGGCGCCUGCCCAAUGUCCUCAUCAUCCAGCUCAAGCGCUUCUCCUUCCGCAGCUUUAUUUGGAGGGACAAGAUCAAUGACAUGGUGGACUUCCCCGUCCGGAGCCUGGACCUGAGCAAGUUCUGCAUCGGCCGUAAGGGCGAGCAGCAGCUGCCCAUGUACGACUUGUACGCUGUCAUCAACCACUACGGAGGGAUGAUUGGGGGGCACUACACGGCGUACGCCCGCCUGCCCAACGACAAGAACAGCCAGCGCAGCGACGUGGGCUGGCGGCUCUUCGAUGACAGCACAGUCACCACCGUGGACGAGAGUCAGGUGGUAACCAGAUACGCGUAUGUCCUCUUCUACCGCCGGAGGAACUCUCCUGUGGAGAGACCCCUGCCAGGGCACCCCCCAGACCACCGAGCUGAGCGCACCCCCUCUGCGGAAGCUGCUGCUACCCAGGCUUCUCUGAUCUGGCAGGAACUGGAGGCUGAAGAACAAGAGCUGCAGCUCGAGGCACCCCAAAGGCCUGCAAGAAACUCUUGGAGGCCCCGUGGCCAGAAGCGGAGUCCAGGCACCCCCCAGCACCCAGAUGAAGGCUGCGUCAGAUACUUCGUCCUGGCCACCACGGCCGCAAUUGUCGCGCUCUUCCUGAACGUCUUCUACCCGCUCAUUUACCAGACCCGCUGGAGAUAGGCACGGGCGUGCAGCCAGCUGCGGGCGCAGGGCUGCCGGGGCACGCGCUGUCCUAGGAUGCUACACGACGAAGACGUCGGGCGGCAGGACAGAAACUGCCGGGAAGGACUCGCCAAGGGAAGCGUGGGGCCGUCGGCUCCUGCCUGUCUGCUCUGGCAUCUCCCGUGCCAGCUGGCAGGGCUGCGUGGCCAGCUCGCUGCCUUGCCAAGGUGUCAGCCCAGAACCAGGAGUCCCUCAGCCCUCCCUCACCCUUGCUGCCCGCUGGGAGCGGGGCAGACCUCGUGGCUACCUGCUGCUCAAGAAGGGACAUUGCUGCUACAGCACGGCCAGGGGCUGGGAGCCCCCUGGGAAUAUUGGCCACCUCUGCUUGGCUGCCAGGAAAGAAGUGGAGACCUCGUGGAAAGCUGCAGCAAGGGCGGGAUGCCCUGACACGUGUCCCAGUCUGGCCACCUGUCCUAGCUGUGCUGCUGUGGGAACCUUGUUCUCCCCGGGGCUGGUGUGACCCAUGGCUCCUGGGCCAGCCCAGUCCUUCCUGGUGCCAGCUGCCCGCGCACCGGGAGCUGUGCGUGCCGCACCCCUGUGCUGGGACGGAAUGCGCUUGUCACCAAGGGCUUGUGUGCUUCCCUCUUCAGCCCCGCCACGGCUCCUCUCCCCCAGGCAGCUGCUGGGGAGACUGGCAAACUGGGCUGAGGUGCCCAUGGUGAGCUGCUGGCUUCCACCAGCGCUGUGGGGUGUGGGGGCUGUCCCCCGCUGGCUGCAU